AUGACCAUCCCAGACGAGGUCGACAUCAUCAUAUGCGGUGGUGGGAGCUCUGGGUGCGUCCCAGCAGGCCGUCUCGCUAACCUCGAUCACAACCUUCAGGUGUUGCUCAUCGAGGCGGGCGAGGACAACCUGAACAACGAAUGGGUCUAUCGCCCUGGCAUCUACCCCCGAAACAUGAAGCUUGAUUCAAAGACCGCUUCCUUCUACUAUUCUCGUCCAUCGGAAUGGCUUGAUGGACGUCGGGCUAUUGUGCCUUGUGCGAAUAUCCUUGGUGGAGGUAGUUCGAUCAACUUUAUGAUGUAUACAAGAGCAUCGGCUUCAGACUACGACGAUUUUCAGGCAAAGGGUUGGACGACCAAUGAGCUCCUCCCACUUAUGAAGAAGCAUGAGACGUAUCAGCGUGCUUGCAAUAACAGAGACCUGCAUGGUUUUGAUGGGCCUAUCAAGGUCUCUUUCGGAAACUAUACGUACCCUAUCAUGCAUGACUUCCUACGUGCCGCAGAGUCUCAGGGCAUUCCGGUCACUGAUGACCUUCAGGACUUGAAGACUGGACACGGAGCUGAACACUGGCUCAAAUGGAUCAACCGUGACACCGGCCGCCGUAGUGAUGCCGCACAUGCCUAUGUCCAUAGCACACGAGCCAAGUACACCAAUCUCCACCUCAAGUGCAACACAAAGGUGGACAAAAUAAUCAUCGAGAAUGGCCGGGCUGUCGGCGUCGCAACCGUUCCUACGAAGCCUCUGGACGGCCGCAAUCCACCACGCAAAGUUUUCCGAGCCCGCAAACAAAUCAUCAUUAGCGGUGGCACCCUCAGCUCCCCUCUUAUCCUUCAAAGAUCUGGAAUUGGUGACCCAGAGAAACUCCGCAAAGCAGGCGUCAAACCCCUGGUCAACCUUCCAGGCGUAGGCCGCAACUUCCAGGACCACUACCUUACUUUCUCUGUCUACAGAGCCAAGCCAGACGUCGAAUCAUUCGAUGACUUCGUCCGCGGCGACCCCGAAGUACAGAAGAAAGUCUUCGAGGAGUGGAAUCUCAAGGGUACAGGUCCGCUGGGUACGAACGGCAUCGACGCCGGCGUGAAGAUCAGACCUACCAAAGAGGAACUAGAAGAAAUGCAGAACUGGCCCACUCCCGAGUUUUCCAGCGGCUGGGAGAGCUACUUCAAGAACAAGCCGGAUAAGCCCGUCAUGCACUACUCCAUCAUCUCCGGCUGGUUCGGCGACCACAUGCUCAUGCCGCCAGGCAAAUUCUUCACCAUGUUCCACUUCCUGGAAUACCCCUUCUCCCGCGGCUUCACUCACAUCCAAUCCGCAGACCCCUACGAGGCCCCCGAUUUUGACGCCGGCUUCAUGAACGACAAGCGCGACAUGGCCCCCAUGGUCUGGGGUUACAUCAAAUCACGCGAGACCGCCCGUCGUAUGAGCGCCUACGCGGGCGAAGUAACCGGCAUGCACCCGCACUUCCCCUUCGACUCCGCGGCCCGAGUAUUCGACCUCGAUCUCGCGACAACCAGGGCAUACGCCGGCCCGAACCAUAUCUCCGCUGGUAUUCAGCACGGAUCAUGGUCUCAACCCCUCGAACCCGGUCAGUCGCCAAUAGAAAACUACCUCAACUCCAACAAACAAGAGAUCCGGGAACCGAUUAAAUAUAGCAAGAAGGAUAUUGAGCAUAUUGAGAAAUGGGUCCAACGCCAUGUCGAAACAACUUGGCAUUCCCUCGGAACAUGCAGCAUGGCGCCGAGAGAAGGCAACUCAAUCGUCAAGCAUGGUGGUGUGGUUGAUGAGCGUCUGAAUGUCCACGGGGUGAAGGGCCUCAAGGUCUGCGAUUUGUCGAUCUGUCCAGAUAAUGUGGGAUGUAAUACAUUUAGUACUGCGCUUCUUAUUGGAGAGAAGUGUGCUGUGCUUACUGCUGAGGAUUUGGGCUAUUCGGGCUCUGCGUUGGAGAUGAGGGUUCCGACGUAUCAUGCUCCUGGGGAGGUUGUUAAUCUUGCUAGAUUGUAGGGUGUUGUUGUUUCUGUUGUUU